AUGGGUGUGUUGAGAGGAUGCAAGUUGGUUAGCUAUUAUCCUGACAAAGUUGCAGAUGCAGAACACCAGAAUUUAGCUUUGGCUAUAAUUCCUGACAUUAGAGAUAUGCAGCCUCUGAAUGUUGAUGUAAGGAUAUCACCAAACAAAGCUUUACAUGAGGUAGUCUCUCACAAGUUACAGGAGGUACCUGAUAAGUUGAAUUUGAUCAAUAAUCAAAAGGAAGAUGCUGAUGGUACUGCUAUUGAUCUGAAACAACAGCAGAUGUGUGUAGAGGCAGGUGUAUCUCCAAAAUCACAAAGCAAAGGGUUCAGAAAAGGAAGAAAGCAAAACACUGAGGUUCCACAAAUUGUGAGAUCAAUGAAGUCACCACAAGGAUUUUAUAGAGUUCAAAUGUUAAAUAAGCAUUAUAAGUUCUUUUUGAUAGCUUUGAUGGAACCUUUUCAACAUCAGAGACAAAUUCAGCAAUAUAGAAGGAAACUUGGAAUGCCUUAUGCUAAUUCCAACUGUAAUGGAAAAAUCUGGUUCUUUGUGCAACACAAUGUUGAUGUUGAGGUUUUAUUAGAUACUGAGCAAUCUAUUACUGUCAAGUUGAAUUUUCAAGAUCUCAAUAAAGAUAUGGUGGUUACAAUGGUGUAUGCUAAAUGCUCGGAAGUUGAGAGACUGCAGUUGUGGGACAGUUUAUAUCUCUUGACUAGCAGUAUGGCAUCUCCUUGGAUGAUGGGUGGUGAUUUUAUUGUUAUAAUGAAUGAAGAAGAAAAAAUAGGAGGUUUACCAGUUUUGCCACAUAAAUAUGAGGAUUUUGCCUUUUGUUUGAAUUCAUGUGAGUUGUAUGAGAUACCUUUCAAAGGGAGUCCUUUCACCUGGUGGAAUGGAAGGGCUGCUAAUGACUGCAUUUUUAAAAGAUUGGACAGGAUUGUACACAAUGAUAUGUUUCAGAAUUGGUUUGGACAUUUAGAGGUGGAGCAUUUGUCAAGGACUGGUUCUGAUCAUGCACCACUACUGGAAACAACUUUAUCAGAUGAUGUAUUUCUAUCAUUUAAACUCAAGAUGAAGAAACUGAAAACAGCUUUAAGUACAUGGAGUAAGGCUACUUUUGGUGACAUUUUUAAACAACUUGUUAUUAGAGAAGAAAUAGUUAAGAUUAAGGAGCAGUUGUUUGAGGCAGAUCCAUCUGAAGAAAAUAGAAUGGUCAUGCAGAGGGCACAAGCAGAACUCAAGCUCCUGGUAAAAGGUAGAAGAAAAAGAAUUCACAUUAGGAGGAUUAAAGAUGAUGCUGGUAACUGGCUUGAGGAUGUUGAUAGUGUUGCUGCUCAAGCUGUCAACUUUUUCCAGAAGCAAUUUACUCAUGAAGAGGUGAGAGAAGAUUCUCCAAUAUUUAAUCAUAUUCCAGAACUGAUAAGGGAGGAGGAUAAUUUAAUACUUGCUGAACAUCCUACUAUGAAGGAAGUACAUAUGGCUGUAUUUGAGUUACAUGGGGAUAGUGCUUGUGGUCCUGAUGGAUUUUUUGGUAUAUUCUAUCAGAAGUGUUGGGAGGUGAUAAAGUUUGAUGUAUACAAGAUUGUUAAAGAUUUUUUUGAAGGACAUACUCUCCCCAAGUUAGUCACUCACACAAAUCUGGUUUUCCUGCCAAAGAAGACUGUGGUUCAGGCAUUUGCUGAUAUGAGACCUAUAAGCCUUAGCAAUAUUAUCAAUAAGGUCAUUUCAAGAGUAGUUCAUGAUAUACAUGAUAAGCUUAUUUCCAGGGUAAUCUCUCCAAAUCAAUCUAGUUUUGUUAAAGGAAUGAAUAUAAUUGAGAAUCUGUUAUUGACACAAGAAAUUGCUCAUGGUUUUUUUCAUUCUACAAGGGGUGUCAAACAAGGGGAUCCACUUUCUCCUGCUUUGUUCAUCAUUGCUGCAGAAGUCCUCUCAAGGGCACUAAACUCUUUGUUUGAUCAGCCUGGAUUUGAAUAUGAGAAAGUGUCUAGACAGCUAAUAAAUAAGGGGAAAAGUUCAUUUUAUAUGUUCAGCAAAGUAUCACAUGAGUUAAGCCAGCAGGUUGCAACAGCAACAGGAUUUGUGAGAGGUCAUUUUCCUUUUACAUAUCUUGGAGUACCAAUCACUCAUGCCAGGAAAAGGAAGGUGGAUUACACUGCAUUAUUGAAGAAUGUCAAAGACAGGCUACAAAUAUGGAAAGGCAAGCUGUUGUCUUAUGGAGGAAAAGUAGUGUUGAUUACAAGUGUGCUUCAAAGUAUUCCCAUUCAUGUGUUAUCUGCUAUAAGGCCUCCUAAAUGUGUUCUAAAGGAAUUACACAGAAUCUUUGCUAAAUUCUUUUGGAAUAAUAAGGAAGAAGGUAGAUGCAGACACUGGGAAGCUUGGCUUAACAUGUGCAUUCCCAAGAAUGAAGGAGGUUUGGGCUUCAGAUCUAUCUAUGACACAUCUAAAGCUUUAUGUGCAAAACUAUGGUGGAUGUUUAGAACCACUAGUUCUCUCUGGGCUAAUUUUAUGUGGAAUAAAUACUGUAAAAAACAAAUUCCUCAGGUGGUACAAUGGAAGGGAGGAUCCCAAGUAUGGAAGAUGAUGUUGGAAGCUAGGGAUGAUAUAGAACAGGAAAUCUGUUAUGUGGUUCCACAGUCCUGGCAAAUCAAUGAGCAGGCUGAAGAUGUUUCUGAACUUAUGACGGAUGGAAGAUGGAAUAUCAGCAAACUCAUGCAGCUUUUUCCUGAAGAUAUUGUGCAGCAUAUAAUACAGGAAAUUGACAUUAAAUAUGCAUCAAAUGAAUGGGAUAGACCUUGGUGGAUGAUGACAAGUUCAGGCAAAUUUACAAUGGAGACAAUGAAUCAUUUAUUUCUGUGUGGAGAUUUGGCUACAAAGGUAUGGAGAUACUUCAAUAUGGGGGCUGGUUUGAAUAUGAAUUGUAUUCAGGUAAAACAUGCUAUAAGAAGUUGGUGGGAAGCAAAAUGCCACUUCAAAAUGAAAUCCAUAUUUAAAGCAGUGCCUGCUUUUGUUAUAUGGCAAAUAUGGAAGUGGAGAAACAAUAGGCUUGAUGGUGGUACAAUGAAUCUGAAUAGAGUGCUAUAUGAUAUAAACAUGAAUAUUCAUAUGUUGUGUAAAAUCCAGUUUCCUGGGCUGAAUAUUCCAACUACAUGGCAGCAUAUUAUUCAGUUCUUUGAAGAAUAUAAGCCUACUGUUAUAUGCAGACUUAUUAAAUGGAGGAGACCUGCAUCUGGUGUUUUCAAGUGUAAUACUGAUGGAGUUGCUAAAGGAAAUCCAGGUCCAAGUUCUGCAGCUUUUUGUAUAAGAAAUGAUGUGGGAGACUUGGUGUAUGCAGUUGCAAAAACUUUGACAGAUGGAACAAAUAUUGUGGCUGAGGCUGAGGCUAUUAGGAUGGGAAUGAGGUAUUGUGUGGAAAAGCAGCUUUUCCCAUUGAUCAUAGAGACUGAUUCCAUGUCUAUGAAGAUGAUUUUAAAGGAAGAAUGGAAGGUCCCUUGGAGCAUCUCAAUGCUAGUAAAUGAUAUCAAGAGAAUGAUGGAGGAUCAAACAGUAGCUGUGGAGCACAUACAUAGAGAAGGCAAUGGGCUGGCAGAUCUUUUAACUAACUUGGUUUUUGAUUUUGCAGGUACACUUCAGUUUCAUAGUUUUCAAGAAUUACCAAGUCAAGCCAAGAGGAUUAUGAACAUAGACAAGAGAGAAAUCCCAAAUUUGAGAAUAAGAACCAUCCAAGAUAAAGCACCAGACUGA